AUGACCAUAACACUAUACGACUUUCCCGCCAAACGAGAUGAGCAUACCGCUUGGAAUCCGAAUGUUUGGAAGACGAGGUAUAGUCUUGUUUACAAGAACCUCCCGUACCGAACAGUCCUGGUCGAGUUUCCUGACCUCGAGCAUAUCAUGCAGCUGCUCGGCGCCGCGCCCACCGAGACUAAGCCUGACGGUAGCCCGAAAUAUACACUUCCAGUCAUCCACGAUUCCGCUACAAACGCCGUCGUCUCAAACUCAUUUACCAUCGCACAAUACCUUGAAGAGACAUACCCCUCUCCUCCCCUUUUUCCCAACGGAACUCAUGCAUUCCACGCGUCUUUUAACGACCUAUUUCCGGCGAGAAUAGAACCUAUGCUCCAAUUUCUUAUUCCAUCGAUUGCAUGUGUGUUAAAUCCACGAAGCGAGGUAUAUUUUCGCCGCACUCGGAAGGAAAUGUUCGGAAUGGAACUCACCGAGUUAUACCCGGCGAAGGGGUCUGAGAAAAGGGAUCAGGAGUGGCGGAGGUUCGAGGAGGGACUUGGUAUGCUGGAUAGGACUAUGCGAAAAAGCGAUAUUUUAAUCAUGGGAGGAAAUUUGCCAUGCUUCGCAGACUUUACAGUUGCAGGCUGGUUGUGUUCCUUCCGGACCGUUUUUGGAGCGGACAGUGAGGAAUGGAGAGGUUUAAUGCAAUGGCACGAUGGAAGGUGGUAUAGGUUUAUGAAAGCACUAGAAAAGUACGAGCACGAUUCUGACCUCAAACGUUAG